GAAGAAGGAAGAAGACAUUUUCCUGUUUUUCAAUUUUCAACCCCAAGACUCGCUGCAAGUUGACAUUCUAUCAUAGCAGAACCAGCAUGGACGUCAAUCUGGACGGCCUGUUCCGCCUGAACUCCAGCUACGACUACGGAGACGACUACGUCUACACGGACGACGACCUGGAGUCCCGAAGGGCCCAGGCGGUGUGGAUCCCGCUGGUGUACUCUGUGGUUUUGGUCGUCGGCCUGCUGGGGAACGGACUGCUGCUGGCGUUUCUGGCGCGGAAGAAGCGAGCUUGGAGGACGUCGGACACCUUCGUCCUCCACCUGAGCGUCGCAGACGUCCUGCUCCUGGUGACGCUGCCCCUGUGGGCCGCCCAGGCCUCGCAGAGUUGUGGAUGGUGUGUGGGGCUCGCUCUCUGCAAGAUCAGUGGAGUUCUUUUUAAGCUCAACUUCUUCUGCGGGGUUUUCCUCCUGGCCGCCAUUUGCUUGGACCGCUACCUGUUUUGGGUCCACGCCAAGCCGCUGUUUUCCCACAAGAAGCCCAGGAUGACUCAUCUCAGCUGCGCGUGUGCCUGGAUCAUCUCGCUGCUCCUCACCCUCCCCGACUGGCUCUUCCUGGUGCUGGAGCCCCAUCCUUGGAAGGAGGAGUGGACCCAGUGCGUUCCCAGCCUCUACCCCGCCAACACGCGGCUGGCGUCACGCCUCCCUCAACACCUCUUCGGCGCCGCCGCCGCCGUCGUCGUCGGCUGCUCGUGUCUGCUGCCGUGGCUCCUGCGCCCGCCCAAGAGCCUCCGGAACCAGCGGGCCGCUAUCAUCACGCUCAUCCUCGCGGGCGCGUUCUCCUUCUGCUGGGUGCCGUACAACGUCGCUCUGGCGGUGGACACCUUCGGCGGCGCCAAGAAAACCUCACCCGCCACGAAAACCUCCCUGAUGGCCACGGCGGCGUUAGGCUGCGUCCACGCCUGCCUCAGGCCGCUGCUCUACUUCGGCGUGAGCGCCACUUUCAGGACGUGGACGCUGGCGGCGCUGAGUUGCGCAAAAGUCGAACCCAAGGGGUCGGCGUGGGGGCUGGGUGUUGGCGAGGACGCCGUGCCUGAGCGGACCCCGGAGGAGGAGGAGGAGCUAAAACAGGUGGCGAAUGGGGAGCAGCAGGAGCAGUCAAAAGUGUCCUCCUGCGACUCGUAGCUGGGUUGAUUGAGUUGAAGGCGUCACCGAGGGAUGUUUGUGUCAUGCACGACGAGGAAUGGGUAUUUAUAGGAAAUGACUGUUAUUUAUUUAACCAACAUUUUUGUUACAUUUCUUUUAACGGCUGUAUUUUAACUAUUGUAGUUGCUGCUGUGUAACAAAGAAGGUCAUUGUUAAAGUUAAAGUUAAAGUACCAAUGAUUGUCACACACACACUAGGUGUGGCGAAAUUAUUCUCUGCAUUUAACCCAUCACCCUUGAUCACCCCCUGGGAGGUGAGGGGAGUAGUGGGCAGCAGCGGUGGCCGCGCCCGGGAAUCAUUUUUGGUGAUUUAACCCCCAAUUCCAACCCUUGAUACUGAGUGCCAAGCAGGGAGGUAAUGGGUCCCAUUUUUAUAGUCUUUGGUAUGACUCAGCCGGGGUUUGAACCCACAACCUACCGAUCUCAGGGCGGACACUCUAACCACUAGGCCACUGAGUAGGUUUUGUCAUACUCGUAUAUCCGCUACUUCGGUUUAAGAGCAGGCGAGUCAGUUUAUUCUGAAAAUGUUCUGUGUUUAUAACCGCACUCUAGUCUAGAUCCGAAUGAAUUAAUGACAUUUAGUGUCAAAAGCGUGCCAUCCAUCCAUCCAUCUUCUUCCGCUUAUCCGAGGUCGGGUCGCGGGGGCAGCAGCCUAAGCAGGGAAGCCCAGACUUCCCUCUCCCCAGCCACUUCGUCCAGCUCCUCCCGGGGGAUCCCGAGGCGUUCCCAGGCCAGCCGGGAGACAUAGUCUUCCCAAC